ACAGAUCACAAAUAAAAAAUCUCACGUAAAUCACUGUAGAUCAUUGACUAAGUCAGAUUAUCACGCCCGAAUGAUUGACCCGAGUUUACAGCGUCUUCCUCUUCUCCAAACUGAGUUGGCCUUUAAUGUGGGAGAUGUAGAAGACAGAAGGCCCAAUACCAUUCUGAAGUGUCAGUAGCGUCUAAAUGGGUUUUCAUCGAGUUUCAUUAGCUUUAGCCUCUAUUUUUCUGGUGCAAACUGUUAGUGGGAAUUUCAAUUAUCAGAGUUUCAGUGAAAAGAACGUUAGCCUUUUCAUGUUCGACCAUUCCGUCAUAGAUUUGGGCUCCUUGCAAGUCACAGCAGAAACUAGAAAUCGAAGGUCCCCGAAUUCCCCCAAAAAUAGAUCUGGAAGAGUCAUAUUCAAUCAAAAAUACCGGCUAUGGAAAGAGCCUGAUAGUCCCGCAUCAUUCAAUUCCACUUUUGUUUUCAAUAUUGCACCGGACAUGGGAACUGGAGAGGGCAUGGCGUUUAUAAUAUCUUCUAAUAAAGACAUUGGAAGUGGACCUGUUGGAAGCUAUGGCCGCUGGCUGGGGCUCUUCAAUUCUACCAUCAAUGGACUGAAAAGUAACAAGGUGGUAGCAGUUGAAUUCGACACAAUUAAGAGCGAGGGUACAAAUGAUCCAGACGACAACCAUGUGGCCAUUGAUGUUAACAGCAUAAAUUCCACAAAAAUUGCGUCUCUUGAUGUGGGUCAUAUCAAUUUAACGAACGAAGAUCAAAACAUCACGGCGUGGAUUCAGUACAGCGGCACUCAGCGGCUACUCAAAGUCUACAUUGCAAAGACACCAGAUCCAAUGCCCUCACAGCCUAUUCUCCAGCAUCCUCUCAAUCUCUCUAAAAUUCUCGACCCAUUUGUUUAUUUUGGCUUCACAGCUUCCACGGGGGAAGGCACUGAACUUAAUUGCGUCCAUUCAUGGAGCCUCUCAAUCCAGGACCUAGAAAGCUCCAAACCCAACACGGGACUAAAAAUCGGACUUUUGGUCUCUGGUAUGGCGCUCGCUGUGUUGCUUGCAACAGUGAUCGUUAUAGUUUACAUCAAGCACCGAAAGUAUCAGGCAGAAGAGGCAAUCAUAUCAGACACCCUUCGGAAACUGCCGGGCCAACCUCAUGAAUUCAAAUACAAAACCCUCCAGAAGGCAACUCAGAGUUUCAGCACCCGGACCCAGAUUGGGUGCGGCGGAUGUGGAGCCGUUUACAAAGCACAUAUCCGCAAGAGCAAAACCGCAGUGGCCGUGAAGCGCAUAUUCAAAGACUCCACGCAAGGCAAAGACGAAUUCAUCUCAGAAAUCGGAAUAAUCAACCAGCUCCGCCAUCGAAACCUGGUGCCCUUCCUCGGGUGGUGCCACGACAAGGGGAACCUCCUGAUGGUGUACGAGUACAUGCCCAGCGGGAGCCUGGAAAAGUACAUCGCCGAAGGGCUUCUUGAUUGGGAGCAGAGGUACAAAAUCAUAUCUGGGUUGGCUUCUGCACUGGUUUACCUUCACGAGGAGUGUGAGCACCAGGUGAUCCACCGUGACCUCAAGCCCAGCAACAUCAUGCUCGAUUCAGAAUACAAUGCCCGACUGGGAGACUUUGGCCUUGCUCGUAUAAUACAACCCAACAGAAGUUCUUUCACAGCGAGUCGUGUAGCGGGCACCAUUGGGUACAUUGCUCCUGAGUGUUUUCAUACUGGAAAAGCCACUGUUGAAUCGGAUGUUUUUGGGUUCGGGGCUAUUGUUCUUGAAGUUGUGUGUGGAAGGCCCCCUUGGGCUGUAGGAGAUGGGCUAGAUUUAGUGGGUUGGGUCUGGAAAUUGUACCGAGAGAAUAAGCUCUUCGAAGCAGCUGAAUGUCGUUUGCCUUUACCUCCGCCCGCCGAUACUCCAGCUACUGUUAACCAGGAUGACAUAACCUGUUUGUUCAUGGUGGGUUUGGCCUGCUCACAUCCGAAUCCACAGGAGCGUCCAACUAUGCGACAGGUGAAACAGAUUCUGUGCAGGGAAAGGCCGCUUCCGAGUGUUCCCACAUAUAGGCCGCCAUUCGUUUGGCUUCACUCUGACUACGAAGAUAGCAGUUUAACAGGUAGCUCAUUUGGUACUAGUAGAGAAAGUGUGUCAAAUUUAUUUGUAAGGGCAUAGUUAUUUGGGGUAGAAAGUGGGUUCAGAUAGGCAGAAUUACUAUGUAGUUAGACUAAAUUGUUUUGCUCUGUUUAUAGUUUUCUGUUGCUUAUGAUGGUAGUGGACGGGGAUGAGUUAAAUUGACAAAAUAUUAUAGGUACGUUUAAAAGAUUAAAUGUGCUGGUAGAAGUCAUCAAAGGUUUGAAUGUUUGGUUUAUUUCGAAUUGAUCAAUUUAAAAUUGUGCAAAUUCUAUUUCAA